UGCCGUUAUUCUAUCAACAUUCUGGUAAUGAAAAAACGUAAUCGCUGUUUACGACGCGAAGCCCCGCCCAUUAGUGUAGAUUCCAACGCUCUUCCGUAACCUAAAACGGGUUUUUUAUACCACUUCUCGGUAAUCGCGCUACUACAACUAUCUCUGCAGAUAUACAUUCAUAGAAUAUCCGCCCACAAUCCUUUAUCGUCGCUAAACAGUCACGUGCCGCGGUGACGUCACUUCCCGACGCCAACAGUUCCAUUUCGGGUUUAGGAAAAGCCGAGACUUCCGGGGUGGAAGGAAAGUAAAAUGGAUGCCGUGGCAGGAAGUCGAUGCUUGUGAGAGCGCUGAGCGAUAUACCGAGCUUCUUGAUUCCCAACGGCAAUUUAUUUUUUAUUUCUUCUCUCUCGCUUUAAGCGGCACACGGACGGUAGGAAACAUUUUGUUGGCUUCUUGAAUCCAGAGGAGUUGUAGUAGACUUGUAAUGGCUGCCAACCUUGGGGAGCCGAUAAAUAACGAGUGGGUUCAGCAGUAUAAUUCAGGUGUUAACCGAGAAAGUGGGAUGGAGGUACCAAUGCAGGAGAAUCCCGAGUGGGAAAAAGCAAGACAAGCAUUAGCUAGCAUCAGCAAAGCCAAUGCUACUUCAGCAGAUAAAGGAUCUGAGAGUGGCCAGACAAACUCACAGUUUGUUUCACAACAAGGAGAGGCAAUUUUGCAACAGCAGCAAUACUACCAGUGGUAUUCACAGUAUAAUUACUCUUAUCCCUACAACUACUAUUAUCAAAUGAAUAUGUACAAUGGUUAUAAUACACCCGGUCAGUAUGGUAUGCCUGGAAAUUAUCAAUCCAUGUCAUCUCAGUCUGGACAACACCAAGGAAACCUUGCACAGCCUCCUGUUCCUGGACUUGAAGAUAGCAGCAUGUCAUACUCUAAUGUUCAAUCACCCGUCUCUUUAUGCAAUACCCAAACAGCAUCUCAUCAGCAAGUAAACCACAGUAUGACAAAGCCAUGCAUUCAAGGUAGAAAUGCCGGCAACCAAUCGAAUCCUCAUUCAUCCUCAAACCAACCCAAUUACAGCCAGCAAUCUUUUAACGAAGGACCAAAACAAAAAAAGGGCCAACAGUUGUGGAAUCGCAUGAAACAUGCUCCUGGUUCUGGCGGAUUUAAGUUUAACAUUCAAAAACGACCACUUGUAAUGGCUAACCAGAAUUUUGCUUCAUCUGAACAUCAUGAUAACAGUGCAGGGCAGCAGCAGGCAACUCACAUGCAUCAUCCUUUACAGCAACCACAACAGCAGCCAACAAUAGAGAAAAUCACAGAACACGGCAAUAAUUCAUCAAAACCUGAAGAUUGGCCACAAGCCAUGAAAGAGUAUGUGCAACGCUGCUUUACAUCAUGUGAAUCAGAAGAGGAUAAGGACAGAACAGAGAAACUUCUAAAAGAAGUUUUACAAGCCAGAUUACAGGAUGGAUCUGCCUAUACCAUAGACUGGAGUAGGGAGCCGUUACCAGGGAAAGAUGGUGGGAAAGAGAGCCCCAAAAAGAAGCGAUGGGAACAAACUACUCUUCAGACUUCUCAUGGCAGUACCAUUACUAUUACCCAGUCUCCAAGAGGGGGUGGAAACAGCACCAAUGCAGCAACCCUUAGAGGACGCGGCAGCUUUAUCAAAAAAUUUGGAAACCGAAACGUCUUCAUGAAAGAAUCCAGCUCCUCCUCAAGUGCAGGCUCUAGAUCUCGAUCCAGAUCCCCCUCUCAUUCUCCCCACAGACGAUACAGACGCAGUGAUUCUGACUCGGAUAGCGCAUAUUCUGGUAAUGAAACUCGAGAUGGUGGACGCAGAAACUUCCAAAAAGCCCGUGGUCGAGGAGGACACAUGGAUCGAGGAGGGCGAGGGAGACUGCAAAAAGGCAAAAGAAGCGAUCAAGCCUUCAGCAAGAAAAACCGAAAGAAGAAUCCUGUGGCCAUGGAGCUGGAGGACCCAGAAAAAGAAUUUAAGAAGGAAAAGCGGGCAGCUCGUUUCCAGCAUGGCCAUGGACCCAAGAAGCUGCGAAUGGAACCUCUUGUCUUGCAGAUCAAUAACAUGGAUCCUAGUGCAGCUGACAACUUAGACUGGGAUGAGAUAAAAAUUGUCGGCAACUCUCAAGAUAUUACUAAACAUUACUUGCGUUUAACUUGUGCUCCUGAUCCAUCCACUGUGCGACCAGUACCAGUAUUGAAAAAGUCACUAACAAUGGUGAAAGCAGACUUCAAGAACAAGCAGGACUAUGUGUUUGCAUGUGAACAAAUGAAGUCAAUACGGCAGGAUUUAACGGUUCAGGGAAUUCGCACAGAAUUUACUGUGGAAGUCUAUGAAACUCAUGCAAGGAUAGCACUUGAAAAGGGAGACCACGAGGAAUUUAACCAAUGCCAAGCACAACUGAAAUCUCUGUAUGCGGAAAAUCUCGCUGGGAACGUUGGAGAGUUUACAGCUUACAGAAUCUUGUAUUAUAUAUUCACGAAAAACUCUGGGGAUCUAACAACAGAAUUGGCGCACCUGACUAAAGAACUGAAGGCAGACGCUUGUGUCGCACACGCACUUUCACUCAGAGAAGCGUGGGCUCUUUCAAAUUAUCAUCGAUUUUUCAAACUCUACAGACAAGCACCACGAAUGUCUGGGUAUCUCAUCGAUAAGUUUGCCGAGAGGGAGAGAAAAGCUGCCCUUAAGGCCAUGAUUAAAACUUUUCGGCCGCUGCUCCCAGUUUCCUUCGUCCAGUCAGAACUGGCCUUCGCGAAUGAGGAAGAGUGCCAGAGUUUCCUGGCUCCUCUAUCUCUGGUGUACGCAGGGAACGACGCCAGCCAGAUCGAUUGCAAACUCAGCUUAGCGGUCUUGCCGAACAUCUAAAUCAGUCCCCCCUUUUAUAAGUCCUUCAAUAAAUGUGUCGUAGAACACGUUUCAUGCUCACACCAAGUGUGUAAUAGGAUUAAGAUGCUCUCCUACUUGAUAUGGUCACUGUUUACAUGCGCCUGACUCUGGAUCAGAGGAUGGAAUGAUGUGGCCAAUGCAUGGGCAUCUUUCGGAUGGGCACAUUUGCUUGUCCGAACGAUAGAUUUCAAAAGUUCCAUAAAUCUGUGUGAUAUCCUGCUUAAUCUUGGCAAGAAUACUAUAUUUUACUGUGUGUAUAUAAAUAUAUAUUAAGUUGUAUAUAGCUCUUUCACCGACAUCACCGUAAAUAAGGCACAUUCAUGAGGAACACAGAUUUUUAUUUAGUAAAUGGCAGUAUUACACUCCGGUGAAGUUUUUUAAGGGAACUGUAAGGUCUCGGGACAUCGUUUAGCAUUCCUCAAACAGCGGGACUCAUUAGCCCUUCAGAAUACUUGCGUACAGAGACAGGGCCGAGAUCUCGCCAGGUGAUUAUGGAAUAGAAUAGUUUGAGAGCACUGCAGAUUGAUUGAACAAAAACAUCACACUACCUUCAUUAUAAAAGUCAUCCACGUGUUUGAUUGUAAUUAAGGAUUUGUGGAUCAAAGGGGUUUUCUAUUUUUUUUUUUUUUUUCUUUUGUUGAAACACUUGUUAUUGCCUUUUGACCCAUUUAUGUAUAGAAACUAACAAUGUCUCAGUUUCUUCUCUUUACCUCACUGGUACAAGCCUCUGUCCUCGUGCCGCUCCGAAGUGUCAAAGUGGCUCUGGAGAGAAGGCAAUCCACUCAGAAAUGGGGAGGAGUAAAACGAGCUUCACUUUGCUGCAAGGUUGAAAGAAAGACUUUAUGCUAUGAAUGAACUUUCAAAGGCCAGAAAUUCAGAGAGAAGCUACAUCAACAAGCCACCAAAUGAGCACAGUACCCGCCAUAAGAUAUCCGGAACCAAUUGCUGCUGCUGGAGACUCCCAACGCCUGUGAAAUCAGAUCUGUUUUUUUACCGUUGUUUAUUUUGUACCCUUUUUAUUUUAGUUUCUCUUUGCUUUUCCCUUUUUGUCCGCUGCUCAGUGUUAACGUUUUUCAGCAGGUAAUUAUUAAGUUUGUCCCCUUCACAUUCUUCCUCUUCUUCACCUCUCACUACUGACGUUUCCGUAUUUGUUUUUGACUCAGUCCCCUCCUCGCCACAGAUUUUCUUUAAAUCCCCUCCCCUUUUCCCAAUUUAUUUUUUUAUUUUUUUUGGACAUGUGAUGGCAUGGUAAUGUGCAAUAAUGAGCAGUUGCUGGUCAAAUACUCCUUUCUUUGCAGAUAUCUGUUUUAAUUUUCUCCCUCCGUAUAAUAAAUUGAGUUGGAUAUAGAUAGGGUGUUCUGUUUAUUGCAAAUAAAUAAAAAUGAGACAUUUGGUAAAA